CAAAGUACACAGAUAAUGUCGGUCACUCACUGCAAAAUGCAAAACGCUGCCUCCUCCAUUGUGACCUGGGAGCUGAGCAGCUGCUGCUUCCCCAGCGGGGUGUGUGCUGAGGAGAGACCUUCCUUCAUGCUCCUCCUGUACCCAGCCACGUGGGGGGGACUUUCUCCAGCUGGAUUUAGCCCCUUAGGGCAGCCCUGGGCUCCACCAGCAUCAACUCCUGAGCCGGAGACUCCAGGCUGCAGAACGACGUCCAUGUUUCACUCCAGCUCAUCCCGUCCUCCCAUGGGACAGGGAGGAGAAAUGGCUGCAUUAGAGCCAGUUCAGGGGCCGGUGACCUUCGAGGAGGUGGCUGUGUAUUUCACCAGGGAAGAGUGGGCUCUGCUGGACCCCGCUCAGAGAGCCCUCUACAGGGAUGUCAUGCAGGAGAACUAUGAGAAUGUGACCUCGCUGGGUAAGGAUUCCCAUCCCCUCGGUUCUUAGAAGGGGAAAUGCAGAGUUAAGGUUCACACCACCCCCACA